CCCCUCUGUGUAUCACUCUUCUAUUUAUAGUGAGAACAAAUCCCAGAUAUGAGAGGAAUCCUUCCACCACUUACGAGGCGAUAGAGAGAGCGAGAAAGAGAGAGAGGGCAGAGAGGAGGAGGAGGAGGAGGAGGAGGUGAAAAAAGAGAAAGAAGCAAGUAAAAGAUGGAGAGUAGAUCCGAAAGAAGGAUAUGAAAGUGAACGAGAAGUCGUAGCAGUGCAUCAAAGCGAGCGUCAGAUAGUGUCAUCAACAGGUCAGUGGACUUACCGGGGGGGAAUAUGUCCAAACCUUCGUCCAACGUUAAGGCCCUUCAGGCUAAUUUGAACAUCCCGAUGGGAGCUCUGCGUCCAGGGGCGGGACAUCCUGUCAAGAGGAGAGAGGAGACGGUAGACACAGAAGAGGCUCAGUCACCAGACCAGCCCAGCGCUGCAGCCCAGACGCCGGAGGAGAAGAAGACGUUGCCGGGCGCGGUCAAACUGCCUGGUCCUGCUGUUAACCUAUCAGAGCUGCAGAACGUCAAGAGCGAAUUACGAUGGGUCACCAAGGAAUAACAUGACGCCCAGCCAGGCGGAGAGGAAGGCCGAUAAUCUUCACACACACAGACUUGCCCACUGCCACUGACAACUAGCAAACUACAGUCUAAUCCCAACAUGUUCGGAAACAGUAACAGCUUUCUGUGAAGCCAACGUCUGACCACCAACAAGCUCUCUGUCAGAUAGUUUGAAACACUAAAAAAAAUAUCUAGAUUUAUCUUUCCAUUUCUGUCCAAUUCAAAUCGUAAUUUGUACAAAAAGUGCUGUCGAGACUUGUUUCUGCCGCAGAUAAAGACUCCACUUUACUUGGACUUUUAGAAGUAAGUGAGUUGCGUUGCAAUAACAGCAUAUCGUCUGCAUAUUCUUUGCUUCUUUUGUUGUUUGCAGGGUAUUUUAAGUCUGAAAUAACUCCAUUAAGAGGACAUUUCUUCAUAAUUGACAUUUUCCAAAGGAUUCUUGACAAAAAAAACAAAACAAAACUGUGAUUCCCCUUUUAACUCUGUGAUGACCAACUUGAAGACACUUGGAAGACAACUAUUCAGCACUGAUUUAUACUGAUGCUUUCUAUUAAAUUAUUCAUUUCUAAAUGUUGUAGCGAUUUGCGAGUUCAAAUGUACGAUUUUCCUUUUUUUUUGGUGGGGGAGGCAGGGGGGUUAUAAUGUCUUUGUUGUUGUUUCAUUGUUAUGAUUCUAUCUUCAGGAAAAUAUUGCAAUAAAUCGAGAUGGUUCAAACUG